CCAAGCAGCCGGUGAUGGCGGCAGCAGCGGCGGUGGCUGCAGCGGGUCCGGGCCCAUGAGGCGACGACGGAGGCGGGACGGCUUUUACCCAGCGCCGGACUUCCGAGACAGGGAAGCUGAGGACAUGGCAGGAGUGUUUGACAUAGACCUGGACCAGCCAGAGGACGCGGGCUCUGAGGAUGAGCUGGAGGAGGGGGGUCAGUUAAAUGAAAGCAUGGACCAUGGGGGAGUUGGACCAUAUGAACUUGGCAUGGAACAUUGUGAGAAGUUUGAAAUUUCGGAAACUAGUGUGAACAGAGGGCCAGAAAAAAUCAGACCAGAAUGUUUUGAGCUACUUCGGGUACUUGGUAAAGGGGGCUAUGGAAAGGUUUUUCAAGUACGAAAAGUAACAGGAGCAAAUACUGGGAAAAUAUUUGCCAUGAAGGUGCUUAAAAAGGCAAUGAUAGUAAGAAAUGCUAAAGAUACAGCUCAUACAAAAGCAGAACGGAAUAUUCUGGAGGAAGUAAAGCAUCCCUUCAUUGUGGAUUUAAUUUAUGCCUUUCAGACCGGUGGAAAACUCUACCUCAUCCUUGAGUAUCUCAGCGGAGGAGAAUUAUUUAUGCAGUUAGAAAGAGAGGGAAUAUUUAUGGAAGACACAGCCUGCUUUUACUUGGCAGAAAUCUCCAUGGCUUUGGGGCAUUUACAUCAAAAGGGGAUCAUCUACAGAGACCUGAAGCCGGAGAAUAUCAUGCUUAAUCACCAAGGUCAUGUGAAACUAACAGACUUUGGACUAUGCAAAGAAUCUAUUCAUGAUGGAACGGUCACACACACAUUUUGUGGAACAAUAGAAUACAUGGCCCCUGAGAUCUUGAUGAGAAGUGGCCACAAUCGUGCUGUGGAUUGGUGGAGUUUGGGAGCAUUAAUGUAUGACAUGCUGACUGGAGCACCUCCGUUUACUGGGGAGAAUAGAAAGAAAACAAUUGACAAAAUCCUCAAAUGUAAACUCAAUUUGCCUCCCUACCUCACACAAGAAGCCAGAGAUCUGCUUAAAAAGCUGCUGAAAAGAAAUGCUGCUUCUCGGCUUGGAGCUGGUCCUGGAGAUGCUGGAGAAGUUCAAGCUCAUCCAUUCUUCAGGCAUAUUAACUGGGAAGAACUGCUGGCUCGGAAGGUGGAGCCACCCUUUAAACCUCUCUUGCAAUCUGAAGAGGAUGUGAGUCAGUUUGAUUCAAAGUUUACACGUCAGACACCUGUUGACAGCCCAGAUGACUCAACUCUCAGUGAAAGUGCCAACCAGGUCUUUUUGGGUUUUACAUAUGUGGCUCCAUCUGUACUUGAAAGUGUGAAAGAAAAAUUUUCCUUUGAACCAAAAAUCCGAUCACCUCGAAGAUUUAUUGGCAGCCCACGAACACCUGUCAGCCCGGUCAAAUUUUCUCCUGGGGAUUUCUGGGGAAGAGGUGCUUCAGCCAGCACAGCAAAUCCUCAGACACCUGUGGAAUAUCCAAUGGAAACAAGUGGAGUAGAGCAGAUGGAUGUGACAAUGAGUGGGGAAGCUUCAGCACCACUUCCAAUACGACAGCCGAACUCCGGGCCAUACAAAAAACAAGCUUUUCCCAUGAUCUCCAAACGACCAGAGCACCUACGUAUGAAUCUAUGACAGAGCAAUGAUUUUAAUGAAUUUAAGGCAAAGAAAAAAAAAAAGGUGGGGAAGGGAUGUGUGAGCAUCCUAUAAGGUGAAACAAGAAGACUCAAAAUGACAGUCUCGAAGAGUCAGUGUCAUUACAUUGAACACUUUGGAUAGAGGAAAAAUAAACAUGGAUUUUUAAAAAAUCAAUCAAUGGUGCAAAAAAAAAAAAACUAAAGCAAAAUAGUAUUGUGGAACUCUUAGGCACAUCAAUUAAUUGAUUCCUAGCGACAUCUUCUCAACCUUAUCACGGAUUUUCAUGUUGAUGGCUCGAACUGACAGUAUUAAGGGUAGGAUGUUGCUUCUGAAUCACUGUUGAGUUCUGAUUGUAUCGAAGAAGGGUUAUCCUUUCAUUAGGCAAAGUAUGGAAUUGCCUGUAAUACUUGCAACUAAGGACAAAUUAGCAUGCAAGCUUGUUCAAACUUUUUCCAGCAACAUGGAAUCAAAGACAAAAGAAACUUAACAAUUGAUGUUUUACGUGCAAACAACCUGAAUCUUUUUUUUAUAUAAAUAUAUAUUUUUCAAAUAGAUUUUUGAUUCAGCUCAUUAUGGAAAACAUCCCAACUUUAAAAUGCAAAAUUAUUGGUUGGUGUGAAGAAAGCCAGACAACUUCUGUUUCUUCUCUUGGUGAAAUAAUAAAAAUGCAAAUGAAUCAUUGUUAACCACA